ACCGACUCACCAAACUACCCAACGUCCGCUUCACCAACUAUCGCCAACAUGUGCGGCACCGACUGCUUCCUGAUGCUCCUCAGCGUCCUCUUCCCACCCAUUGGAGUCUGGGUAAAGAAAGGCAUCUGCGGCGCCGACUCGCUCAUCAACCUCGCGCUCUGCUGUCUCGGCUUCCUCCCUGGCCUCCUCCACGCCUGGUACAUCAUCCUGCAGAACCCGGAGAACCUCGAGCAAUACCACCAAAUACCCGAUGGCGAGCGCGGGACUACGUACUACGUUAUCACGCACGAGCAGCCGGGGCGACAGAGCUACGGCACUGUUGGAAGUCAGCCUGCGGGUGGCCAGUUUCCGGGACAGCAGAGUGGAGGUGUUGGAAGCUUUGCGGGUCAGCAGCAGAAGAAUGUUAAGGGUGCGAAGACAGUGACGACGCCGCAGCAGGGUGGAGAGGGCAGCUCGAGUCAGCCCGAGGGACCACCGCCGACGUAUGCAGAUGUUAUCAAGGGCGAUCAUAAGGUGCAGAGCCCGUAGACGAUGGUGGUUCGUGAAGGACGCUGGGAACUUUAAUGCUGCUAUAGCACAGGGUGUAUGUGUACAAUUGCCAGGCGCUGGGGUGUCUGUUGGAAUAUGCGUAGCCGAGUGGCGCAUUGCUCUUUAUUGGGUCUGCAUUUGACAGUCUGGAGUGAUUCACGUGGCGACACUUAGGGUAGCUACUCUUUCAGGUCAACAUGAUAUCGGUCCAUUACUUUUGUAGUUAA